AUGUUUAAAAAUGUAUUAUGCAAAAGUUUUCAACUUACUUUUACGAGGACGCGUUUCAAAGUUUCUUUGAGGUUAUGCCAUAAAACCAGCAAGAAGCAAAAUAAGGAGAAAACACCUCCAAAACUUGCUGCCGAUGUCGUCAAUUAUUUAGAAAGUUUACCUGACUACGAAAAUAUUAAAGAUAAAGUGCCACGAUCACUAUUAAGAAAGUAUAAAACUCCUGAAAGUAUGUACUUAAUAAAUAGAAAAACAGCCAAACACAUAGCUAAUACUAUUAAAGAUAAUGUUAAUGUUGGCUCGCCGAUUAUAGAGGUCAAUCCGGGAUUUGGAUUUUUAACUGAAGAGCUACUAGAGUUCCAAAGUAAUCCAAUAUAUAUGUAUGAAAUAUCCAAUCAAUUUUCUUCUCAUUUAGCUAAAUUUAAUGACAAAUAUCCAGGACGAACUAUAUUAAAAAUAGAAGACUUCUUUGGCAUGUGGAAAUUAGCCUUUAAAGACAAAUUUGAUGAAGGAAGCAGAGUUAAAGAUUUACUUGGUGAUCUUUGUACUGAUGAUAAGGAUAGAGAUGUAAAAAUUAUUGGCUCUAUGCCUGGAUUGUCAUUUGUUCGGCAUUUGAUUAACAAUAUAAUAUUCCAUGCCACAACAAAUCAGCUUGGCAGGCCUGAUCUCUUCAUUACCAUGCCUGGACAACAUUAUGAAUUUCUUACAGAUAAUGAAAUACAGCUAAGGAAACAGAAAACUAUACCAGCAUUAUUUCAGAUGCUUUUUGAUUUCAAAGUCUUGACAAGUGUUCCAAAAGUUCACUUCCUGCCAUGGACAUUUCAAUCAGAUAGUAAAAAGGUUACUUUGAUGGACGAGCAUAGAUUGUAUCUAAUAAAUAUAACACAGAAAAAAAAAUUACCAUGCCCAUCUGAAUGUCUUCCAUUAUUAUGGUAUUUCUUCAAGCCACAUAUGUUCUCCAAAUCUACAAGGGUUAUACCCAUGUUAGAACAAUGGAUACCUGGUUGUGGCGUUUGGUUAAUAACAGGUCAGGAUCCACCUGACACAAACAAGAAGCUAGCACCAGGAAUAGAUGACGCCAAAUUGCCUCACAUGACAAUAUUUACUGAAUUCGGAGACCUGAAUCUAAAACAGAAAAUAACUGUUUUUAAAAAAUUUAUAUCAUGGCCAGAGUUUGAACAAUGUCAGUUUAGAGUGACAAUGGAAAAUAAUCUACCAAAGUUUGUUACUCAGUACGAAGACGACGAAAAGGAGACGAUAGGCACUCACAUUGAAGAACAAUCAGAUUCAGAAAAUGAUACAUUAUAA